AUGAAUUCCACGCCAACUCAUCACCCAAACAUCCCGGCAGGCGACCACAAAGCCUACAUGGAAUAUGCCCUCCAACAAGCCCGUCUCUCGCCCCCACCAAGUUUUGUGUUGGGGCGGUCCUCGUCGACGGGGACCACAGCGAGAUUCUCUCCACGGGAUACUCCAUGGAACUCCCCGGAGACCGACCCGGAGACCCAGAUUGCCGACAAGUACCGCGUCCCCGAAGACCGCAUUGGCGAUGUGUUACCCCCAAAUACCGUGCUUUACACCACCAUGGAGCCGUGCAACAAGAGGCUAAGCGGGAGUCGCACCUGUGUCCAGCGGAUUCUGGCACUGGGAAGCGCAAUCAAAGUAGUCUACGUCGGAAUCAGAGAACCGGAGAAAUUUAUCGGAGAGAACACGGGAAGGAAGCGGCUCGAAGAUGCUGGCGUCGCGGUCGAGUUUGUUGAGGGAAUGGAGGACGAGAUAAUGAAGUCACGGUUUGCAAGACUCGCACUCGCCAUCAUCCCCGGCUUCCUGGUCGGGGUCAAUGCGGCGCUCUAUGAUACCAUCAUUGAAACCCAGUAUGGUGGACUCCAAGGCUACCCAGCCUUCACGAGUGAGCCGGUCGUCAAUUUGACCCACUGGAAAGACAUUACUGUCUGGAAAAACAUCCCCUUUGCCGCCACCACCGGCGGGCAGAACCGCUGGAAAGCCCCCCAGCCGGCCAGCGCGUGGAACGGCACCCGUGAUGCCAAAUCAUUUGGCAAUAUCUGCCCCUCGGCCACGUCGGGGCGCUCAGAGUUCACGAUUGACGAGGACUGUUUGAACCUCAACAUCUGGAGUCCGGCCAGCUCGACGGACGCUAAACUUCCGGUGGUCAUGUGGAGUUAUCCAGCCUUGUCGACGGCGGCUGAUGCACUCUUUGACGGGGGCGGCAUGGCGGAUCAAGGAAUCGUCUUUGUGAAUUACAACUACCGUACCGGUUCCUUUGGUUGGAUGGCACACCCAGAGCUGUCCGAGGAGUUCUACGCCGUGACCGGAUCUAACAGCUCCGGUAAUUGGGGGAUGCUGGACCAAUUUGGCGCGCUGAAGUGGAUCUACGAGAACAUUGCAGCAUUUGGUGGUGAUCCCGAGCAUAUCACCGCCAUGGGUCAGUCAGCAGGGUCUGCCGCCACUCAGCACAUUGUCAACAGCCCGUUAACCAAGGGUCUGAUCGUGGGGGGGAUCAUCGAGAGUGGAGUGCGGGACCCCCAUGAUCCCUUGUGCACUAGUUUGGCGGAGAAUUACAAGACGCUGGACUACGCGCUAGCCCAGGGCGAGCGCUUCAUGGCCAGCCUGAAUUGCACAUCAAUUGAUGAGAUGCGCGAAUUGCCAAUGGACGACCUAAUUGUUUCGGGUGGCACUUUCGGCAGCGACAGCGAAUGGGACUUUACUGCCACGCUGGACUACUAUGCUAUCCCGGACACUUACCUCAACACACUGAUCAAUGGCCUUGGGCAAGAUGUCCCUCUCAUUACCGGCAACACCAAAGACGAGAGCGGCGCAAGCUACGGGCUUAACAUCACGGUGGCUGAAUACCUAGCAGACAUGAAUGGGACAUUCAGCGAGCCAUGGCUGUCCCGAUUCCUGGAGCUCUACCCGGGAAAUACUUCUGUGACGGCCUCGGGAGCCUACAACUCGCAAUGGACAGAUCGCUCCAAAGUAGGCACGUGGUUGUGGUCCCAGCUCUGGGCGACGGCGAAGACAAGUCCAGUCUACACGUACAUCUGGGACCAUGCGCCGCCAGGCCAGGAACAGGGGGCCUACCACGAGUCGGAGAUCAACUACGUGCUGAACAACCUGUAUGGGACAAACCUGCCGUGGACGGCGGAGGAUUAUGCGAUUGCGCGGAAGAUGAAUGGGUACUGGGCCAACUUCAUCAAGACGGGGAAUCCCAACGGGGGUACGCUGACCAAGUGGUCUGCCGCGAGCUCAAACUCGACGGUGCAGCACGUUGGUAACGGAUGGGGAGAGAUUCCGGUGGCUCCUGAUGCGAAGGUGGAGUUGUUUGAGGAAUGGUUUGAAACGUUGGUGGCGUACUAA